ACGCUCGGAGACUGAUGUUCGUACUGAUGUACGCAUGUGCAGCUUGUCGGAGAUGCAGAGCAAAGAUGUCGGGAAAACGUGGUGCGAAGAUUAAAUUAACGGAUUCGGCGAGAAAAAGGAAUAAAAGGGAAGCGAAUGCUAGGUUAAACAAAAACAAAAUAUAUAUUGGAGAUCAAUACGAUCGUUGGACGGAGCUGCGGACAAAAUUAUCCGUGAAAACAAAUAUCGAAGUUGCAAAGAUUCUGCUUGACAACUAUGAAGCUAAGGAUGAGCAAAAAUAUACAAGUGUUCCUGCUGGAAAAAACUUCAAACCCUGUGUUACAUCAACGCCUGGUCCACCAGCUUUGAAGAAAAUAUGUAUUGUUCAGUCUGAUUUGUCUGACAUUUCACCAGAUGAAGUGGGAAAAGAUGUUGAAAGUGCUAUGUCUGGCAUUGAGGAAAUUGCAGAACCUACAGAUCCAAGGACUAAGAGCUUUAAGCCAUUUUCAGACAGUUUUGUGGAUCCUUUUAGAUUGACAAUGAGUGCCUCUGAAUUGACAUGCGAAGAAAAUGACUCUUCUGAUGAUGAAGAAUAUGAGCCAAGUUUCCACCUGUCUUUAAAACUUGACCAUGGUGUGACGCUAGAUGAGUCGGAUUCAGAAGAGAUUGAGGACGAUCAAGAAAGAUUUGUAGAACAUGCUGAGUAUAGUUGUCUACCAGUUAUACGCAACAAUGAUGAAAUUGAACAACUGGUCCAUGAUUGUCCAGCCAUGGUUUACAUUAAUCAGCUGAUUACCUUGGCAGAAACAGGAGUCCCUAAGAUUUGUAGGGUGAAAGGAUGUGAAGCUCAAGUUCACAUUUCAUCAGAAGUAGUGUCUUCAGCUGUGUACCUGAGAUGGGUCUGCACAAACAAUCAUGAGGCACACAAAUGGUGUUCGCAACCUCUUCUUAAUAGACGGGUUCACAGUGGGGAUGUUUUAAUCUCAGCAGCUUUACUGGCGUCAGGAAAUAAUUUUCAAAAGAUUUCCCUGUUUUUUAAGUUCCUGAAGCUCCCCAUUCUGUCUGUCUCAUCAUUUAUAAAGAUACAAAGAACCUAUGUCACUCCAACAAUUGAAGAAAUUUGGAAAAAGCAUCAGAAUGAUAUUCUAGAAGAAUUCAGAGGAAAAGAUGUUGUUGUUCUUGGCGAUGGUCGUAUGGACAGUCCAGGUCAUUCCGCACAGUACUGUACGUACACAUUUAUGGAAAAUGAAACCCACAAGAUACUGUGCUUAGUGACCAUGGACAAGAGAAUGACAGGAAGAAAAAGUGCAAUCCUUGAAAAGGCGUGUUUUCAGAAGGGCCUGCAGUUUCUCCUUGAAAAAGAAAUAAAUGUGGUGGAAGUGGUGACAGAUGCACAUGUGCAGAUUGAAGCUUUAAUGAAAAAAGAUUACCCAGAAAUAAAACAUUCAUUCGACAUCUGGCAUGGGUCAAAAAACCUUGGGAAAAAACUAAUAAAGACUGGACAAGAAAAAUCAAAAAAACCAAUAUUACAGUGGACAAGAGAGAUAGUAAACCAUUUUUGGUUUUGUUCCUCUGUAGCAAAUACAGAAGAAGAGUUUAUUGGCAUUUGGUUUGGAGUCAUACAUCAUGUUGUGAAUGAGCAUGAAUGGAUUUUGCCAUACAGAGCAGGAGCAAAAAGUUCAUGCCAGCGUGGUCCAUUAACAGAGGAAAGGAACAAAGAUUGGCUUGAGGCAGGAUCCCCAGCACAUGUUGCCGUGCGUGAAAUUGUUAGGGACAAAAGACUAAUAAAGAAGAUUCCUUACUACCUUAAUUGCCGAAGUACAGCCGCUUUGGAGAACUUUCAAAACCUUAUUUUGAAGUACUCAUCAAAGCGCCAUUCUUACACACCUCCAGUGUACAGAGCGAGAAACCUUGUUGCUGCACUGGACCACAAUGCAAAUUGUGACAGAGAAGCUGCCAAAAGAAAAGAUGGAUCACUAAGGCAUCAGCGGUACUACAGCAAAAAAAGUGGAAGAUGGUCUGCCUACCCAGUAAGAGAAGAAAAACAAUAUCCAUAUGCAACUGACAUCAUGAAACUGUGUCUUCAGAAUAGGAUUUUUGACCCUGUUGGUAUGAACAAGCCAGUUGUCCUUGAUGUGGAGGAUCCACGACGUGUGUCCGAGACCCUAGCUCCUGUUGCUCCACCGCCAACUGAAUCUCUGGUGGCAGAGAAGAAAUCUCGAUUUCUCCAUGAGAGCAUUUAAUUAGUCAGAAUCAAGAAAAGAGACACGUCUCUGAUCUUGUUUAAUAUUGCAAUUUUGAACAUUUACCUGUAACAACAAGAAG